UAUCGCUUGAUUGUGAUAAUGACAAUAGUUAAGUAAAUUAAUUUAGGUACCCAGUUACCCACUUAGCUAAUAGGGUACGAGCGUGAAAUACCACGUGACUUAGCGUAUUUUCUACUAUACAUGCGAAAAAAAAGUGGAAAAUGGCUAAACUAUUUUUAAACUUUUUCAGUAUCGAUUUGGAUGGAUUAACGCCUGUUCAGAUAUUCGCGUUGAAUGAAAUAUUCGACAGCAGAUUUCCUCUUCCCGAGAAGUUUGAUUAUACGGGAGACAUCUUGUGCAACUUCAGCGUCAAAAAUAUUCUGCAAGAAAUCUUUAAAAAAGUUCGUAUCAAUUUUAUUUGAUAUUUAAGUAGCGACUCCAUCGACCAAAAUAACAAAGUUUCCAUUUAACAGAAUUUCGUGAGACUUUGGGUGGUGGCUAUAAAAAAAGCCCAACACAUCGACGAUCAAUCUUGGCGGAUGAUAUUGAUCCUAUUAGAGAUAAAGACUUUUUUUGUUCUUUUCACCAUCACUGACGAGGACAAGCUUUCGCUGGUGGCUCGUAAGUGCUUGGACAACUACAUGAUAGAAAAGGUAUAUCUAACGGGUAUCGACCGCUGGUACCAUGCCUCGUUGGCUUGCCAGUUACUGGACGUGCAGGCCAUACCGGCAGACUUGGAGAAAGUGAUCGAGAGUGCCAGCGGUGGUAUGCCUGGUUGGAUCCAAAACUUCGUCAUCUCCCUAGUCCAACGAGGGGUUCUAUCCGUGGUCACCGUGCCUCGGGAGGAGGCCUUGGAGUCUGGGGCUGUGAUGCCGUCACCAGCUCUCCUGCAGAUACCCGGCCAUGAAAUGAGUAACGCUGGUCUUGAGCCGAGACGGCAAAGUUAUCAGAGCAUCUACAGCGUAGUGAGUGUGAGCAUGUUGAGUAAGCAGGAGAGUCAGUUCGCUCUUCACUCCGACGUCGUGCAAAUGGCUGUGCUGUCCGAGGGGUACAGUUUCGACGAUAUGACUGCCGAUAUGACGAUGGAUGCUGUGAUUUUGAAAACGUAUGAUUCUUUGACUCCUUUUGAGAAGAUGAUAUUGAAAUGCGGAUCAGUGCUGGGUGACGUAUUCUCCAGACGAAUGCUUCUGCAUUUAUUGCAAAGCGAUUCUCCGAGAAAAGUAGCUAAAGCUGUAGUCAAGCUGUUCCUCAUCCGUGUCCUGGAAUGUGAGGGUGGGGACUUCACGCGUGAUACAUCAUUCGUAUUGAUACACCCUGCGCCCGCGCUGCCGGCCGCCAAGCCGCCGUAUUGUGCUUGUUUGGGAAUCAGACUGCCGCCAAAUUGCCGUGAUUUGCCAAUCUACGCGUUUUGCGGUUACAUGAAGUUCAGGCAUUCCUUAUUCCGAACCACCACUUACGAGCUGCUCACUGAGAAUCAGAAGAGCGAAAUGCAUGCAAGAGCUUUGCUAUACCUGGAGCGGUAUACCAAGCGCUGCAUAUCGUGCGGCAUGGGAUGUUUCACCAAGUUAUUGGGACAGAGAUGUGACGAUGGUCUUGUGCCUGAAAGUCAAGAUGUGAAGCGCACGAAGCAACAAAUAAGAUCUCUGAGUGCCGAAACCAGAGUGCCUGGUGAAGAAGAACCGGUCUCACCGUUUGUUCAACAUGUACCCGAGAUGGUGAUGAACGGCAGCAUGAGUAUUCCUCCUGAAAUCGUCUCAAGUUACGAUUCCUUGGACAUAGAAGAGAGAAGAAACCUCAGUCGCUCGCUUUUGAUAAACCAAAAGCAAAAACAUGUCCGAUCUUUUUCUUCUCUGGAGAUAGCGUCAUGUGAAUGCCUGUCUAUACUGCUGGCGGUUUACAACCAAAUGUUAGACCAUUGCCGAGGGGCAGGAGAAUACGAAAAGCUUUUUGAAGCGUACAUGGAGUAUGCCGACGUGAGCAUUAUGAACCUGAACAUACCUCAAGCUGUACGCUUACUGUUUGAAGUAGAAGCAUUUGUAAAGAGUGACAAAAUCAACCAUAACAAGUGCCAAUCUGGUUGGAUGAAAGAUUUUCGCCUGGCCAGCGUGUACACUCUGAGAGGGAUAUGCAUGCUCGAGUCUGGUGACCUGAACGAAGCCAGAAACCAGCUGUUCUAUGCCAUGAAGCUCUAUUAUGAUCCUUUCCCAACUUCUAAGCAUUCAGUAAGGUGUCGCAAUAUGACAGCUUCGAUCAGGCAAAUCUUGGCCUUGUAUGUUGCAUCGAAUCUCUAUGUUGGCAUUGAACGAGGAAUUGUUGGCUAUUUCUUUGACGAUAUCGCCAGAACCUAUAACAUCCUGUACAGAUUAUUUUCCGAGGCCAAAGAAAUGGAAAGUGCAACGUUGGCCGCGAAGUUGUCGUUGAACUACGCUCUUCGGACUAACGCAAACUUUCGGGUCCUUUGCAUCAGUUACGGCAAUAUGAUUGCGACUUAUCGUCAGACACAGAAGUUCUCCAUUUGCGUGAAACUAGAGAAGCGCGCCAUGGAACUAUGCCACCGCAAGAGGGGGCAGUUGGACGUGACCGAGGUCCACGCGGUUUGCUACCUCUACACCAGCAUAUUCCUAUUUUACGUAGAACACGGUAAGAAGGUGGAAAGCCUGGAGUUUGGGUUAUCCGUGAUGCACAUGAUGUCCAGCUUGACCGAUCUGACCACGAGGCAGAUGCUGAUCCUGUGGAUGCUGAAGCUGCUGCUCUCAGACCUUCGCAUCCACGAUAUGGUCAGAAUUAUGCGGGAGUUCUUCUACAUGAAUGACCAUUACGAUUUGAGCUCGGAAACCUGGUACUACUUCUACGCGAUGGUAAUAAUGCUGGACACGGGAUACUGCGUGGAGUCAUAUGCCUCUUGCGAGCGUUUCUACAUCAAGAAAGGAGACGCCAUCCUCAGGUCUAAGACUCCGGAGGCUGCGUGGAACUUCUUCGUGUGCAUGUGGCUAAUAACUAUACGCGUUGGGACAUGGGAGAGAUCAAUUCUAUGGGAGGAAAAGAUAAAACAACUCCUGUCUAUGAAGUUUGAGAAGCACGAGUUCAACAUCAUGAUCCUGGUGCGGUUGGUCGAAGGGCUGCUCAUUACUUUGGUCAAGGAGAUGGACAAUAGAAACAUAAAGAAGGUACUGCUUCUAGAGAAGACAGUGAAAGGGAUAUUUCAAGAUAUGAACGAUACGUGCCGUCACACGCCCAUGUACCGGCCAAGGUAUUUCUUGUUGCUUGCUUACUUCAACUACGUGCAAGGCAAGAGGGUGCGCGGUUACAGCUACCUGAACAAAGCUAUGGAACUGUCCAAGCAGUACUCGCAUGGAACGCUGCUGAUAUGGACCGAACAUACUCGCAAUCAUUGGAAGGGGGUGCUGAAUUCGAAGCUAGAAGACUUCUGGGCCGAUCACAUUGAGGCAGACAAUUUACUGGACUACAAGGAUUUUGAUCUACAAAAAUCUAAAAUAGUACCUUUCACCCUCCCUUUGCCAAGAGAUUUGGAAAGAUAGAUUAUAAUUUAAUAUUUUAAGAAGAAAAGGUUUAUGUUAUUAUUUAUUU